CAUGGCCUUAUUUGCCCCUUUUCUCGGAAAAAGUGUGGUGAUUAAGGAGCACCCGUAUGCCAAAAAAUUCCGGGAUGCACCAGAACCAUGGUGGUUCGAACUUUAUGGGAUUUUUGAUCCUAUGCGUCUAGCAGCUGAAGAGAAGAAGUUUCAUGACUCUGGCUACUGUAUUGAGACACCUGAACCAUUCGUUGAUGAUGAGGCGGAGGACGAAGAUUGUCAUGUGCGAGAUGAGCAAUCCUUCGUAGCAUCUGCCAAGUAUCUUGUACCAUUAUCCGGUCCAUCUCCAUAUGCCGGCAAAAGCGAAAUGGAAAUAUGGAAUGCACGGUUUGAAGAGGAACUUGGCAUAGAACACUCUGCAAUGUCUUCCGUUGCUUCUUCGAUAUGGCCAUGAAUCGCGGGGGUCUUUCUAUAUUAAAUGAACGUCUGCAUCCUUUUUGCUCAUCCACAUUUGUAUGGUUUUAUAUGACGUCGUUGUAUGUUAAAAACCUAUAUGACGUCUUUAACCUUUUUGCUCACCCACAUUUGUUUGGUUUUAUAUGACGUCGUUGUAUGUUAAAAACCUAUAUGACGUCUUUAACCUUUUUGCUCAUCCACAUUUCUAUGGUUGAUAUGACUUCGUUGUAUGUGAAAAACCUAUUUCCAGG